AUGGUGAAAAAGAGCGCGCAUCUGCCAUUGAUCCGCAGUAAUGAAGGAAGGACACCAUUUCACAAGGCAGCUUUGCUGAGACGUAGAGACAUGGUGUCGUAUCUAUUCUCUGUGACUCCUUUAAAAGAUUUGACUCUUGAUGAACGCAUGGAGAUCCUUGUUGCUACUAUUACCUAUGAUAUAUUAGCACUAAAAAUUCUGGACAAGGAUGAAACCUUGGAAACUGCGAACAAGCGAACCUUAGCAUUGCCUGAGUUGGCCAGAAAACUUUUGCAAUUGGCAGCACAACAAGAGAGUGUAUUCAAUCUAAUAUAUGAGACUGCCGAAGUCAAGGAAAUGAUUUUGACCUAUGUUGAUGACAAAAACGAAAAUAUCCUGCACUUAGCCGGAUAUUUGGCACCUUCAAGUCGACUAAAUAUUGUAUCAGGGGCAGCCCUUCAAAUGCAACAGGAGUUGUUGUGGUUUAAGGAGACAGUAAAGAUUGGGCCGCCUUCAUACCUGAACAUGAAGAGUUCUGGGCUAACACCAGGGGAUUUAUUUACAAAGAAACAUAAAAAUCUAUGGAGAGAAGGUGAAAAGUGGAUGAAGGAUACAGCAAACUAUUGUAUGAUCGUGGCAACAUUGAUUACGACUGUGGUUUUCGCUACAGCUUUCACUGUACCAGGUGGUAGCAGUCAGGACACAGGCACCCCUAUUCUCUUGAAAAGUAUUUGGUUUAGGGUAUUUUUCAUAUCAGAUGCAAUAGCACUGUUCUCCUCCUCUUCUUCAAUAUUGAUUUUCUUGUCAAUUCUCACAUCACGUUUCACAGAAAUGGAUUUCCUAGUGUCAUUACCAUCAAAGUUGGUGUUGGGACUCACCACACUCUUCAUCUCUAUAGCAGGCAUGGUGGCAGCCUUCAUUGCAACCUGCUUUUUAGUCUUUAAAAGUGAAAUGAUAUCGCUUCCAACUGUUAUAAUUGCUUUAGCUGGUGUACCAAUUAUUUUGUUUGUUUUGCUACAUUAUUGA